GUAGAGAUAUCGAGAAAAACAUUGUAUUGUCAGAACAUGUGCUCUAGCUUGAGAAACUAAACAGCGUAAAUUGAUUGCAAUUUAACGUUAACUAUGGCGGAUCACGCGUUUCAUCGGCCCGGGCCGCUGAAACAAGCGAACAAGGCUCACAAAACGGGUCGUCAUCGCUCCAAAGGAGCCAUAGACAAUGCCCAAAAAGGAAAGAUUGGACUGAGGCCCAUCUCCCACAAGCACAAGCAGCAACAGCGCAAGGAGCAGCGUCGCAACCAGAUGAACCAGCUGCGGAGGAAUAAAAGGGAGGAGGUGUUGGAGCAAAAGAGGAAGCUAGGUGGUCAAAACACAGCUCCCUUUCUCGUGUGCCUACUACCCAUGCACGAACAGAUAGAUCCCAAGUCCGCAUUGGAAAUCCUUCAGAGCUGCGACAGCGAAUUGGUGGUGGAGAACUCCCCAAGUGGCAUUGUUUACAUCAAUCUUCCAAGGUUCAAGCAGCGUUUUGCUUUUGUCUCACCACCUGUGGGUCGUGGAAAUGAGCUAAUUGCCCUGGAUUACCUGAAGGUUUGCGACACCACCCUGCUUUUGACCUCCGCCGCCUUUGGCGAUGACGAGAUAUUCGACCGCUGGGGUCAACGAAUCUUUAACAUGAUAUCUGCUCAGGGAAUACCCACUCCGGUGGUAGCCCUAAUGGAUCUGGAGUCAAUCAAUCCCAAGCGUCGUUCUGCUGCCAAGCAGGCGGCUCAAAAGAUCAUUUCAAAGCUGUUGCCCGAGGAGAAGAUUAUGCAAUUGGACACUGCCAGCGAAGGUUUAAAUGUGAUGCGACGCAUUGGCGGCCAAAAGAAGCGCAUCCUUCAUAACGUUGCCAAUCGGCCACAUCUCUUUGGCGAUGUGGUAGAGUUUAAACCGAGUUCAGAUCCCAGCGACGAUCUGGGUACCCUAGAAGUCACUGGCUUUUUACGCGGACAAUCUCUAAACGUGAAUGGUUUGGUUCACAUUCCCGGUUUGGGUGAUUUCCAGCUUAGCCAGGUUGUUGCCCCUCCAGAUCCGUAUAAGCUAGAUAAAUCUCGCGACGGCGAACAUGACGAGGUGCGUCUCUUGGAUCGCAGUGAUCCCCUUAAGCGCACUUCUCUCCAAAGCGAAAACAUACCCGACCCCAUGGACGCAGAGCAGACGUGGCCCACUGAGGAGGAGAUCGCCGCCUCGCAGGCAGAAACUAAGAAAAUGAAGCUGGUCAAGCGUGUUCCCAAGGGCUAUAGCGAGUACCAGGCUGCCUGGAUUCCGGAUGUCGAGGAAGUGGAAGACCCAGACGGCAAGGAGGAUGACGAUGACAUGAGUAAUGAUGACGAUGAUGAGGACGAAGAAGACGAUGAUGGGGACUUCAUGUCGUGCGACAACAAAUCAUUUGAGGAUGAGUACGAAAGGCGGGAUUCAGACACUGAGGAGUUCCAGGAUAGCGUGUCCGUGGCCUCGGAGGCUGCUAUCAACGACGAAAAAUACGAUCAGCAGAUGGACUUCCAGGAGGAGCGUGAGACUCUUAAGAAACUGCAGCAAGCACGCACGGAUCAGCUUUGGCCCGAUGAGAUUGACACUCCUUUGGAUGUGCCUGCUCGAGAGAGGUUCCAGAAAUACCGCGGCUUGGAGUCUUUCCGAACAUCGCCCUGGGAUGCCAAGGAGAAUCUGCCCGCUGACUAUGCUCGCAUCUAUCAGUUCCAGAACUUCGACCGCACCAAGCGUAGGAUUCUUAAUGAAGGCAAGGAGUUCGAGGGCGUGUUGCCUGGUUUUUAUGUAACUCUUUAUGUGAUCAAUGUUCCUGAAAGUCGCUGGAAUGCCUUCAAGUCUGCCCAGCUUACAGACAAUAUUAUCGUGUAUGGAAUGCUACCUCACGAGCACCAGAUGUGCGUAAUGAACGUAGUACUGCAGCGAAUGCCCGACUCAGAGGUGCCGCUGAAGUCUAAGGAACAGUUGAUCAUCCAGUGCGGCUAUCGACGCUUUGUUGUGAAUCCCAUUUACAGUCAGCACACCAAUGGGGAUAAGCAUAAGUUCGAACGCUACUUCCGUCCAUACGAGACAGUUUGCGCCACGUUUUACGCACCGAUUCAGUUCCCUCCGGCAGCCGUUCUGGCCUUCAAAGUGAAUCCCGACUCCACCCUGGCGCUGGUGGCCCGUGGACGCCUGUUGUCUUGCAAUCCGGAUCGCAUUGUUCUCAAGCGCGUUGUUCUCAGCGGUCAUCCCAUGCGUAUUAAUCGCAAGUCAGCUUCAAUUCGAUACAUGUUCUUCUACAAGGAGGACGUCGAGUACUUCAAGCCAGUGAAACUAAGAACCAAGUGCGGACGCCUGGGACACAUCAAGGAGUCGCUGGGCACGCACGGUCAUAUGAAGUGCUACUUUGAUGGGCAGUUGCGAUCCUACGACACUGCUUUCAUGUACCUCUACAAGAGAGUCUUCCCUAAAUGGACCUACGAAGAGUGUCUAGUGCGAACGGCGGAGCACGAACGACAACAUGCGUCGGCAAACAGAAGAAGCUCCCAGCAAGUCGCCAUGGAAGAGUAGGUGUGUAAAUGGAUGGAUAAAACCCACGAACUCGUAUGGGAAUCUGAAGUAAUCGAUGGACAAUGUGAAUAACUUCUGAAAUGAUUUUAUAUUAUUGUUGUUACAUUUAAACCUAUAAAAGUUUAAACUCUAAGAAAUGUCCAAACGGGAAAGGUCACCCGAAAAGUACAUAAAGUAUGUAUAAAAGAAAA